UCGCUCGGCGCGCGCGGGAAGAUCGCACUGAUUUUUCGCCGAUAGUCACUUUCGUAAAUGAACGUGUCCGAGGGAUGAACAAUGGUAGAUAAAAAUCGUGAUUCCGGGCGCUUCGUUUUCACGUUUGUCGUGUACAUAUGCACGUACAUUUAUGUCCGUUGACGAGGGAAAUAAUAAACGUGCGAUAAGUCGACUGAUUGUGAGAGUGGAGAAAAAUGGCGUCUUUGUUUCUUUGCAGAUAAUGGACCACGUGAUGGCUGGAAUCGAGGACAUUUUGGGCAAGCACGGCAAUUACCAUGUUCGAGACAAAUUCAAACGGUUCGACAAUAAAUUCAUUCGUCCCUACCUGGUGAGAGAUCACUACGGCGCAGAGCCAAAAAUAUUGGAAACGUACUCGAAACUCGCGAUGAAAGACGCACUGGAUUACAUUAGAAGGAACGCGUCCACCAUUGGCAAUAUCAGCGGAACUGAAAGCAUGUCCGCGAUAUUCCGCAACUAUAGCAACACGGGACAAUUCAAUGGCAGUCCGAGUUGCAGCCAGCUCGAAGCGGGCUGGAAUAUUGAUCUCCAAGAACUGGAGUACAACCCUUCCAAGAAGGACUUGACGGACGCCAGGAUCCACCACCUAUUGGCCGAGGAACUUUGCAAGCCGUACAAGAGGCACGGAACGAAACUGUUGCAGCAUCGGCGUCUAAGCUACAGCCGACACGCGGUGAACGAUCGCGAUCUCUCCACCCAAGUCAAUUACAAAAUGCACAUGAACAUACGGCGGAUGAUGGGAGAGCACAAGCAUCGUCACAAGCGCAGUAAAAAGUUGCUCAAAGACGGUAAGCAGAGUCACGUGAGUUUCCCGGAGUUUCAGCAGAACGGCUCGACCAAGUUGUUCACGCAAGAUUACAUCAACGGAGUGCUGUACGAGUUGGAGAACGGAGACGCUUCAAAGCCUUCGUGCAAAGGGGACUGGGACUCUGCCAUUACCUUCACAGCUCGUACUUCCGACUCGCUGAACGUGAACGCGGACAACCAUCACGGCGCCACUACAACCACCUCGAUGGACACCAUAAAUACCGACGAUCCGGAUAUGAAAUUGGGACGCGACGAGAGCUACAGGGUAACGACACCGACGGCCACGGAAACUAUGUUGCCAUGGAAGCGAGAGGACGAUUACGAUUCCGGGCACCCGAUUAAACAGAAUGAAUUUCCUGCUUGGUGUUCAAACAAGGAGUACCUGGCUUACAGUUCCCCCUCAGCCACAUUCUUAGGUGGAAUCGAGCAGCCAAAGGUCCAGUCAGUAAUUGGUCUGUUUCGCGGUGAGAGUGUGUGCACGCCGGAUGGUAUCGAUUGCCAGGAGACUGUGGACGAGCGUGACGAGUACACGUUGACAGGGACAGAACCGACGGAGGAGGAUUCGCCGACGAAAACCUUCAGCGAGUACGAGAAAGAGAGCAAGAAGGGACCGGCCAGACGAGUAUCGAUGAUGGAACUCUGCUCGAUGGAGAAGUCGCAAGCGGAGAAAUGCGGGACGGAGGACGGCUCGCACUCCCUGCCAGAGUGUUGGAACCCCCAGCGACUGCGGAUGAGCUCGUUCCCCUAUUCGGCCCAGGUUCCAAGCCUUUCGACCGCCCUCAUCACCUCCUCCUCCGAGGAUUCGGAGGAGAUCGACGAGGAGGAAGAGAAAGCUUGACCUUUGGGGAUCGUCGAGGAGCAGACGCCAUCGCACGCGGUCGACGAACGCCGUCUUCGUCGGCCGUGGCGGCGGCCACCUCGACGUUCGUUGUUCUCGUCUCUCCUACGACGACCGAGCGCUCCAGUCUGAGCACAGGGGACGCGUCUCUGACACGUUUGGCCACCCUCUACGGAGACACGGAUCAACCCUUCCACCGAAAACGACAAGAAGACGAGGAGUUUUCGUACCACCCCCUUGGACGAUCGCCGACCCUCCGCUUCCUUCGACGAUGGACACUUCAAAUAGAAAAAAAAAAAAAAACCUCCCGCAGUGGGAGGGGGCGGCCGAAGAGCUGCUUUCAAAGCUCUCGUUUCUCUUUCGCAGGACCACGAUGACGGAAAGUAUCCCUCGUAUUUGACGAUCGAUGCUUUCAUUUCGCAGCACGCAGGAACGAGUGCUUCACGGUUGCAGUUCGUCGUACAGGGUGUCCUAAAAAUUUGAAACGGCAUGUUAGAAAAGUAAAAAAGUAAAACCUUCGUCGAUUGUUCGUUACAAAUUUAACAAUUGUCUUCGUCUUCGUCUUUUUUCUUUUUUUUACACUUUAAGAGAAACAUGUGGAUAAUUUCGAUGAUACUCCUUUUGAUGUUGCGCGUCUUGCGAUCUUACGCAAGUCGGUCAGAGUAUGGAGUGAAUUUUUGGGACAUCGCGUACGCCGUGCUACACUUAGGUAGAGUUCCUCGAUCUCAGAGGAGACAAAACGUGUAACUCGGUUCGAUCGAAAGAAUCGUUGACGCGAAUUGAAUAGAAUAACAAUCGACGUGUUAGCAGCAUGUGCGAUCUUCGACGUAACGAUGUUGCCAUUUUUUUCAACGAGAAUGAUCCAGUCGAGGUUGCGUUACUCUUUUGAUACUCGGUGAUCGUGUGAAUCCUUUUUGAAUAUUCGACCAUGAGAGUGAUGCAAGUGAAAGAAAGAAUGAGAGAGAGAGAGAGAGAGAGAGAGAGAGAGAGAAAGAGCGAAAGUAAGAGAGAAAGCUAUUUUUUUAAACCGAUACACCUCGUUUCCUCCGUAGCACGACUGAUGGAUAAAAAAAAAAAAAAAAAGAAGAAAACUAACGAACAUAGACUUGGAGGAACGUCUUUUGGUAGCUGAUUUUUCAAAUGCUUCCUGAGAAAAAACCGCGAUUCGUCCAUUGAAGGAAAAUGUUAGCAUGGACGGUUCUUCGUCGAACGCGCGUUGCGUUCCGCGUGCAAGAUCAAGAAAGACCGAGGAGAAGGAUCAGGGAGCGCGCACCAUUCUUUCUUCUAGACGCCAUAAUAGCGUUGUUUCCUUUCGUAGCGAUAACGACUCGUUUCAACGAUCGCUCAUUAACUUGGUAUCGUGGCCUUAAGAUUCCUAGAAGUAUCCUAGCAGCAACUUUGAACCUUCCGGUAUAUUGUUAGAAAAAAAGAAGGAGAAAAAGAAGAAAAACAGAAACAGAGAAGAGAAAGUAAAGGAGAGAAUGAGAUUGAUGAUGUAAAAAGAAAGGGGUGACGAAAGGUUUCAUGAAGAAAGGUGUUUAAAGCCGUUUAAAAGACACGUGAACACGUGGUGACUUUUUCGUUGUUUGGUUUUUGGUUUUACCGACGCUAACAUAGUCUUUCGAAAAUGAAGUAUGUAUAUAUAUAUACAUACACCUGUAACACAAGUUCGGUAUUACUCGAUGCGCAACGCUCGAGAUCAUCGCGUGAUUCGCUUCCGAGUUCAUAGACGCGAGUCUAGAUUUAGAUGAGCCACGUGACGUGGCGUAUACACCGAUGCAAAAUGAAAAUGGACAGCACGACGAUUAUUCUUGCCGUUCUCCGAAAAUAUAGAGAUCUCACGGAGGAAGAAUAAAUAAUUUAUUUGAUUGGUUUAUUUGGUGUUUAUGUCGUUACUUUCGUUGAAAAUUGAUCGACACCGCACUGCUAUAUCCAUUUCGUGGUUGUCUAUUCAUUUCUCCUUUAAUAAAAUAUAUCUCGCAGAACGAGAAACAAAUACUUUAGCUUAUUAUUAGUCAAAAGUAAAAUUUGUAUGUGUUGCUCAAGUGAAAAACUUUAUAACGCACACUUUGCUCGAUUUUUCAAUUUUCUCCGACUGAGACCUCCAUAUUCUCGAGGACAGCAAUGUCCCCCUUUAGAUUGAGUAUAAUCUUGCUUUCACACUGCUGUUCUUAGAUUUUUGUAGGGAUUCUUGUGGAUUUUCAAUCUUAUAAAAUGGGAAAAUCACGUCGUGAAAUACUACCAAAAUUUACAAUCCAAACGUUGAGAUUCAAUAUAUAAAUAUUAUACUGACGCGUAAAUUUUUGGGAAAACUUUUUACCUACCUUUAUAACAUAUACUUCGUAAAAGCCCACAAGAACCACUGCAAUAAACUAGUUCAAACAUGUGAUCUGUUGAAUCGCUCAGGAGAAAUGAUCUCCUGUUGUUGAAAUCGAAACAACAACAAGAACAAAGCAAAAUGCUCGAGAAUGAAAAAUCGAGCGUCUCGCUGUACCACAAUAAAAUCGUUGAAACUCUUUUCGCGGUGAACAUACAAACAUACACAAACAUGCAAAAACACACACACACACAAAAAUGGAAGUUGUUCACGAAACGCUCCUCUCCUUAAGUAUGGCCUUAAAAGAAACAGAAAACAAGAAAAAAAACCAAUUAAAAUAAAUAACUAAAUAAGAGUCUCAUGUAGAAACGCAGCCGCGAAAGUGUCGUAGAUACCUAACGCGUUGAGUAAAAACAUAACGUAUCUACAUAACGAGGUGAAAAAUCAGCAGAAGAUGCUGAGGAAGAUC